AGAGCCGCACGUUUGUGCCGAUGAAUGAUAGAUUAAAGGGUGGCUGAAAAUGCAUAUUCGGUCCCAUACACAAACCCUCAACUCGAACGACGAACGGUCCGACUCCCCAUACCUCAUCCACCGAUGACUGAAGAGAUGUGUCCUGUCGAACCCUGGUGAAGUGGUCCAGCAUUUCAGAGCAAUCUCCGUUUGACAACAUUCACUCACACACAGAACGGCGAAAUAACACGCACACGAUGCUUGGAUUCUUUAGAGAUGGGACAGCGGCGGCUCUUAUACUGAUUAAUGCAUUUGUGCUUAUAGUUGUAGCAGACGAGGAGGUCAUCUUUACAAAUCAUUUUCUGGUCCAGUUGCAUGAGGAGGCAAAUGAAGAUGCUCAUCAACUUGCCCUGGAGCACGGCUUUGGAAGUGCAAGGAAGCUUCCCUUUGGUGAGGGGCUUUUUCAUUUCUACCCGAGGAACAUCCCUAAGAUAAGGAGUAAACGCAGCCUUCACCAACACCAUCGCCUGGCAAAGGAUCAUCGGGUGAAGAAUGUGUUUCCUCAGAAGGGUUUUGGCCGUCAGAAGAGGGGCUACAGGGAUAUCAUUAACUUUGACGUCAAUAUGAGUGACCCACUUUUCACCAAGCAGUGGUAUCUUAUAAAUACAGGGCAAGCGGACGGAACCCCAGGGCUGGACCUAAAUGUGGCAGAAGCCUGGCAGAUGGGCUACACUGGCAAGGGUGUGACUAUUGCCAUCAUGGAUGACGGUAUUGAUUAUCUACAUCCAGAUCUCGCCUUGAAUUAUAAUGCAGAAGCCAGCUUUGACUUCAGUAGCAACGACCCGUACCCUUACCCCCGCUACACGGACGACUGGUUUAACAGUCACGGAACAAGGUGUGCUGGUGAGGUGUCUGCAGUUUCAAACAACAACAUCUGUGGGGUGGGUGUGGCCUACAACUCCAAGGUGGCAGGUAUUCGUAUGCUUGACCAGCCCUUCAUGACGGACAUCAUUGAAGCCUCUUCCAUAAGUCACAUGCCACAGGUUAUUGACAUCUACAGCGCCAGCUGGGGUCCCACCGAUGACGGCAAGACUGUGGAUGGUCCACGUGAGCUCACCCUGCAGGCCAUGGCGGAUGGUGUCAAUAAGGGCCGUGGUGGGAAAGGCAGCAUCUACGUGUGGGCCUCUGGAGACGGUGGUAUCUAUGACGACUGCAACUGUGAUGGAUACGCAUCCAGCAUGUGGACCAUCUCUAUUAAUUCAGCCAUCAAUGACGGACGCACAGCGCUCUAUGAUGAAAGCUGUUCCUCUACCCUGGCCUCCACUUUCAGCAACGGACGUAAACGAAACCCUGAAGCUGGCGUGGCUACCACGGACCUGUAUGGAAACUGCACACUGCGUCAUUCAGGCACAUCUGCUGCUGCCCCUGAGGCUGCUGGCGUGUUUGCCUUGGCGUUGGAGGCCAAUCCAAACCUGACCUGGAGAGACAUGCAGCACUUGACUGUACUCACAUCUAAGAGGAACAAACUGCAUGAUGAGGUUCACCAGUGGAGGAGGAACGGUGUGGGCCUGGAGUUCAACCAUCUGUUUGGCUACGGCGUGUUAGAUGCUGGAGGCAUGAUCAAACUCGCCCGUGAGUGGAAGACUGUUCCAGAACGCUUUCACUGUGUAGCUGGAACCAUGCAGGAGAUACAUAAAAUUCAGUCAGGCAAUAAAUUGGUGUUGACCAUCAUGACUGAUGCCUGCCAAGGAAAGGACAACUUUGUACGCUAUCUGGAGCAUGUACAGGCCGUCAUCACUGUCAACGCCAGUCGCCGCGGAGACCUCAACAUCAACAUGACAUCGCCCAUGGGCACCAAGUCCAUCCUGUUGAGCCGCAGACCCCGGGACGACGACGCCAAGGUGGGCUUCGACAAAUGGCCCUUCAUGACCACCCAUACGUGGGGCGAGGACCCUCGAGGAGCCUGGCUGCUGGAGGUGGGCUUCCAGGGAGAGACCCCGCAGAAUGGCGUGAUAAAGGAGUGGACUCUCAUGCUGCACGGAACUCAAAGUGCCCCUUACAUAGACCAGGUAGUGAGGGACUACCAGUCCAAACUGGCCAUGUCCAAAAAGGAAGAGCUGGAAGAGGAGUUAGAUGAGGCAGUAGAGAGAAGCUUGAAAAGCCUUCUGAGUAAAAGCAACUAGCCAUCUGCAUGAUACCUGGCCUCUCUCUACACUCUGUAUUAGUGUAUAUUCCUUAUCCAUUCUCUCUCUGCUUUGAUAUAUAUUUUUUUUUUUUCUGUGAUUAUUUUCAUCAAUGUCUAAUGUGAGUCACUUAAAUUCUAGUGUAUUCUCUCAAUGAUACAGUGACCCCAAAAAGUAUUUGGAUAUUUUUCCGCUUCAUACGUAGCUGUCAAAUAUCUGUGACAGCCACUGAAGUGCCCAGCAGCGUAGCAUCAUAUAUUUGUGUCUUGACAGCAAUAUCACAAGCUCCCAGAUAUUAAUUCUGCUUUUGUGCCAUGCUGCCAACACGGAGAGAGACAGACUCGCUAUGCAGUUUAUAGAAACAGCUGCUCUGACAUCAUUUUCAACCAAAUUUUGUCUUUAUUUUAAAUUACAGACAUUAAAGUGAUGUUUAUCUAUACCAUUUCACCGGUGAAGAAAAAUUAUUGACGCUCUCACGCUCUUGCCUAACGUUUUACUUACCUUAAACAAAGACAAUAUGUAAACUAGAUAAUCCACUAUGCUGCCUUGCAAUGACUACUUCCUGAUUGCUAUGCUCUUUCCGGUUUUUCGUGCUGACAGUGAUCAGAGUGGAUAGGCUAUCUUUUGAAUUCUAAACUACUCGCCUACACUCUAUCCCCCUCUAGAAUGUGGGAUGAGACAAGCCAUAUAAUAGUCAUUUUCUGCUUUCAGCAGCGGUCACAUUUACCUUCGUACGGUGAAAUUCUGUGGACGAAAUACAGUCAUCUCAAUGGGAAUCCAUGCAAUAGUGAAUUUCACAAUAUAGACUUCCGGUGGCAUCAAGUUUGUUAAACUUUGACAGGCAAAUUCACCGUGUUGACUUAUAGGAAGUUGCUUGGUUUGUUAGUGACCUCUUUGUGGGCGGUGCUGCGUACACAGCUACACUUACAAUGGACAAGGAUAUCAUUUUAGUGGUGAGUUUAUUUUCAAAUUCACUUUCUCAGAGUACAAAGUUCAGCAUUAAAAAGAGGCUGGUUGGCAAUUCGAUUUCACGCUCUCAGCGUCCGCCCACACCUUCUUCGCCCGUGCAAAGGUAAAUGUGACUGCGCCUUUUCUGUUCUUGUGGUCCUAACUGUUUUUGCAUUCUUGGCAUUUUUAUAAAUAUAAAGUUUUAUGCAUGAAAAUAACGAAUUAUGUGCGACAUUCAGGGGAAUUGAGACCCUACUUAUGUAAAGGGUUAAGCCACACUUUGAAUGCAUUGCAUAAUGUCAUUGCAUUAUUUAGUUGUAGUCUUUUUUAAAGACCCAAUAAAAUGACAUGAUGAGCACAGUUUUAUUUUCUUGUGUUGACAUAUUUCAUGUUGAAACAGGAAGUUGGAGCGUGACAUAUCGAAGGACUUGUUUCUUUGUUUUUAAAUGGCUAAAAGCCUUUAGUUUACGUUACAGCCAUUAAUCAUGAUUUGCUACAUGCUGUCGCUAGUCAGAGAUAGGUGAAACAAAAGGCAUUAUUGCAUCAUCAAUAUUUAGGGUGACUGAGACUGAACAGUUUGCCUAAUAUCUCCUUCUGUGUUCCAUGUGAGAACCAAAGUCAUUAUGGGUUUGGAACAACAUGACAGAAUUUUCAUCUUUCGAUGAGCAAUUCUUUUAAAUGCAUGAAUCUGCUAAAAAAAUCAUUUUGUUAACCUUUAUGCAUUCACUAGCAUAGAAGAUUACAGCCAUGGACUAAAAGCCACAAAACUCAAAUGUUGAUUUCAUGAGGUCUUUGAAGAAAGAUAAAAAAUUAAUAAAAUGGCUCAGAAGAGUGAAGGUAGUUGUGAGAUGACACUAUGAUAUUUUGUUGUUAAUACAAUGACAUGCAUACAUGUUAAAGUGUGACUUGAGUGUUCAAAUACUUUUUGGGGCCACUGUAUGUAUCACCAAAAUAUUACAUCAUGCUUUCUGUGUUCCUUUUUGUACUCUUUACCGAAAUGUACAGUAUAUAAACAAAAUAUAUCUAUACUUUAUGUUCUUGCUUACCCUGCUGUCCCUCACCUCUGCUGCACAGUUUGUGACUGUAUAUCAUUUUGUGUAACUCUUCUUAAAGUUUAGUAUCUUGCAAA